AUGCACCUCCCCCCAAACCACGCAGUGCGGGACUUACCAACCCUUCAUGCAUUCAUCCAGCAGCAUCCACUCGGUGUCUUGACCACCUCCCUUCCCUCCCAAAACCACCCAACCCUCCAAUGCAGCCACAUCCCAUGGAUCCUAGACGAAGUUUCAGCCCCAGAGUCCGACACCAGCCAUGGCGUAUCUGAGCCAUCCCUGGGCAUUUUACGCGGCCAUAUUGCCCGUCAAAAUUCACAAGCAAAAGCAAUCAUCGAAGCCUCACAUAGCAAACUCACACACAUCCCAGGGUCAUUCCCAACAGACAAGCCUUCCCCACAAAGCACCGGCCACACUCUAUCCGAAGAAGUCUUAAUUGUCUUCACCAGCCCAGUCGACCACUACAUCUCCCCGAAUCUGUACACAGACUCCAGACCGGCCGGGCGCGUCGCGCCAACCUGGAACUACGCCGCUGUCCAAGUCUACGGCCGUGCAACCAUCUACCACGACGGCCUACAUACCGAGUCAUUUCUUCGACGGCAGUUAGGCGACCUAGCCCGACUGGGCGAGGAGGGGAUCAUGGGAUAUCAGGAUUCCGAAUCCGGGUCUAGGUCGACGUCGAGUUCGCAAUGCAUUGAAGCGAGUCAGGGGGGCGCUAAUGCGGCGUCGCCGAAACCUUGGGAAAUUGGCGACGCGCCAUUGGAGUAUAUUGCAGCGCUGUUGAAGAAUAUCAUCGGGGUGCAGAUUGAAAUUACGCGCAUUGAGGGCCGGUUUAAGGUUAGUCAGGAAAAAGGAGCUGGGGAUCGGAGUGGGGUUGUGGAGGGUUUGCAGGGAAUGGGAACGACAGCGAGGAAUAUGGCGGAAUUCGUUCGUCGGGGUAAAGUCCUGCCUUGA